AUGUCCCAGUUGGCAGCAAUUAGCUAUCCACAAUUAGAGGAGUUUCUGCAGAAGGAUGGUCCGACAGAAGAGGAGGUCAAGACGUGGUACGAUCGGUUGGCCGAGGUGAGUGAAUUGUUUGAUAUUUCAAUAGAAAAUACAACUUUAGUAUGAAAUAGAGGGCUCCGAGAGCCAACCCGAAAUAGAGCUCCUUUAUAAUGGUGCUCGGUAUCUGAUGGGAUUCGGGUUCACUGCGGCAGAAGAGUUGCGUGACGUGGCAGAGCAUGAAGCCGUGCAGAUGGCGGAGAAGGAGGAUCAGUGGGAAGAGCAAAAGGCGGCGUUGAAUGCCGAAAUCGAUUCACUCAGGGACAGAAUUACUUCGAAAGCGGACGUUGGAGACUCGACGGAAGCAUUUAGGUCGGCCGAGAGGAGGAAAUAAAAAGAAAUGAAAGAGCAUUUGCAGAGCACAAAUCGACAGUCUGAAGGAGGAAAACAGACAGUUGCAGCAGUCGAAUCGGGACAGAGACCGGGAAAUGGCGGACCAGAGGGACCGGUUCGAGAACCUCGCAUCGAGAGUCGACACCCUAUCCAGGGAAAGAGACGCCCUUUCCGACCAUGUGGGUCAAGUUGUCUCCUGGUUUCCUCUUCGAAUGUUUGCUCUGUUCAGAAAACGCAACUGGAAGACACGAUCAGAGAGUUGAACAGAAGACUGUCGGCGAAAACGGAAGACACUGGAGGCGAGUGGGAGAGCAAGAAACUGAAAAUGAGAAACGAACAAGUACUCACGAUCAGUAGACAGAUGCAGGUGAGACAAUGAGACGAAGGAAUGGGGUGGGAAUGUCCAUUUCAGGCCGUAGUGACGCAGAAUGAGCAGCUGAGGCAAGAGAUCGACCGAGUGAGCGGUGCUCUCGAAGAAGCCACGCGGAUAAUUGAGCAGAGUGCUCUCAGGUACCAUCAGAAGACAACUGAAUACAUUUGAACACGUUCAGAUACACCGACAUGACGAACCGAUUGGAAGUGAGUCAGUUGAGAGUGGAGGAGCUGUACAACCAGAACAGACGACUCACUGAAAUAUUGCCGGAGGAACUCGUCGAGCACAUCCCACAGUGCAUUUCGGCGGCGGAGAAGAUGCUCACUGGGAGUCCUGAAGAUAAAGUGAAGUUUUUGAUGGAAGUGGCUGAGAUGUUGGCUCCAAAGUUUCUGAAUGAAGAAGACUUGAAAGAACUGUCAGUUGCGACAGGACUAGCAGAAUCAGAAGAGCAGAAAGAGCGGAUCGAGCGAGGAGAAGAGCGCAUCAGGACAUUGCAAGAAGAGCUCGGAGCAGUGGUGGAGGAAUCAAACAGGAUGAGAUUGAUGAUAAGGGAGGAUAGGACGGGAGAGAAGGAGCAAGAGUUGGAGCAGCUGAAGAAGGAACUCGUGGAAGCGACGACGCUCGCGAGGAAUCUGUUCGGAGAGGCGAUGGCGGAGGUGCCUGGGCAGGAUCAGACGACGACUCUCCAGAUGAGAAUACUGCAGUUGGAGCACUCGUUGGAGCAAUUGAAUGAAGAGAAAGAGAAGCAGAAGAAGACGAUGGAGGAGAUGCAAUUCACGAUCGAACAGAAGGAUGAGAACAACGGAGAUGUGCUCAGUGAGCUGAACAGACUGAAAGACGUAAGUCACGAGGGGCAACAAUUGAAAGCGUAAUGAGUUACAGGCAAAGUUCGGAUCUGCGAGAGAAGAAAUCAGUAGACUGGAGAAGCAAAUGAAGUUCCGCGAUGAUCAGAUAGAGAAGUUGCAGCACCACUGUACACUGCUGCAGAUUGAGCUGGGAAGGUGAGAUACAGACUGUUGAAAAGAGAACGAGAAGUUGAUUCAGGUAUGCGGAAGGAAGCUACCAGCCAAUUGUGACGCCAAAGCCUCCGAGAGUGAUCAAGAGGCCAGACAUGCUUCUCUUGUCCAAGAAGGAUGCGACACCGAAAGAAGUGGAGCCGAAAGCACCUGCGAAGCCGUCGCCACGAGUCAUUGAAGAUCUACCUUCACAAACGGAACGCGCUCGUCCCAAUGUUCCCCUUCAACCCGAGCAAACAGCCACUGUUCCCCGGAUCACCGACUUUUCCGAUGUGGCGCAGCAAGCCGUGCUCAUCUCGAAUCUUUAUUAUGAACUGAUGCAGCUCCUGGAGGAAAUAUCGUACAAAGAUGAGAAACUGACAGAAAUUCACAAGUCAUGGAAGCUAACUCAACGGAACUACCAAGAGAUGAAAGCGCAAUUGGAGAUGGCUUACGAGGAUAUUCGGAAACUGAAAAAAGAGAAUUUGAUGGUCGAGGAGAGGACAUUGAACGAGCUGAAGGACACGGAAUCGAUGGAACUCCAGAGACUCGUCGAAUCCAUUAACAUGGGCGGAACGGAAUUGGAGCGACGAAUGGGAGAGGCGACGAGAAUGUUGGUGACAGAGCGAAUGGAGCGAAUGCGGUGAGUCAGACAAUCACAUUCGGAAGAGACUGUUUCGUUUCAGAUUCACACGACAGUGCACCAUUCUGAGAACGAAAGUGGAACGGUUGGAAGGUAGUUCGAAGAGGGCGAGGGAAAUGUUGAGAGACCACGAAGUGAGUGCUCAGCGGACGAUAACCAAACUGAAAUACGAAGUGGACGCGGCCACAAUUGAGAUCGGAAAGCUGCAGACGAGAGUGCUGCAGAGUGUGCCGACGGAGGAAUACGACAAAUUUAUGAGGAAGUACAAGAGGGUGAUGAAGGAGAGCACCGGUGUGGAGACGAACAACGAGGAACUGGCCCGCCCGGAACUGGCUGUCUUCGCGAAGAAUCCCGUGGAAGCAGAGAUGGAGGCGAGGGAAAAUAUGUUGAAGGUAUCUGAAAGGGACCGGAGCGCUCUCAUGCCUGCUCUUUUCAGAAAAUGAUUGAUGUUGUGUCGGAUCAAAGUGACUUCUGGAACCAGGAAGCAGCAAUGCUUCAGGCGGAGAACGAGGAACUCAAGAAGUUCAUUGAGGACGUGGAGAACGAAAGCGAUUUGAAGAGUGUGCUCGGAGCAGUCGAACGACGUCUUCUCGGCACAAUUCGAGAGCUGAGAGAGAAUGAGAGAGACUACUUGAGAGAGAAGAAGAAGCAGAGAGGACUCGACGCAGAGACGGCGAGGGAUUCGGAGAGAAUCAGACAGGAACGGAUGGCCCUUCGGAAUGUGAUCAACGUGUUGCAGAGGGAGAAUAAGGUAGGAAAUGGAAACGAACGGGCUGGAAUAAAGAAUUGGCAGGUGUUGAGAGAUCAGGCGAUGGGAACAGUCAGUCUGCAGCAAUUGGAAUUGCUCCGAUCAAACAUAUUCGAGGCGAGGCAGAAGGAAACCGAGAUUACUUCGAAAAUGGAAAACAUCGAGAAGAUCAGAGAGGAGACGGAGACGGAAAUUCUCAGAGUUCGGGCUUUGCGAACUGCUAAGUAAAGGAAAACGUAUUGGAAUCAGAAUAGCACUUUUUAAUUUCAGCGAAGUGAUGUCUACGUUUGACGGUCGGGAAAUCCAAGUGCCGAACAACAACGAAGUGGCCGAGAGACAGAUGCAGCAGGCAUUCUUCAGGGCGUCUCAACAGAGUGCGAAGGCGAAACAAUUCGAGAGAAUGGUGCAUCUGAAGGAGCAGAGAGUGGCCGAGUUGAACGACGAACUGAGGGAACUGCGGCAGUGGAAUCUCGAGUUGAUAAGCACUUUGGAAGACAUGAAAGAGUUCAGAGGAGUGGGAAGGAGAGAAUCACAUCAAAAAACGGAGAACAGUCAGAGAGGGAAUGAGUAUCCGGUGAUAGAGCAGAGGAUCGGAGAGGAGAGUCCGGACAAAGACAGCGACUACGAAAUGGACAUAAAGAGUGAGACUUCUUCAUCAGGUAACACACACUGCUCACAAUUCAAAUGAAAUGAUCGCCCAUUCAGAAGCGUCUUCUUCUGAAAGAGUUAUCGUUCGAACUAUCGUGCAGGAUAACGUGGAGGCGUUUGAGAACAGGAUCAAAGAGAUCAAAACGUCAGCACAACUGGCUGUACAAGGCUACAAAGAGCAGUUGGAACUGAAGGAGGUGGCGAUCGAGAGGUACAAGCAACUGCUGAGAGAGAAGAUCGACGAAGGAGUACAGGUGAGAGCGAAGCAUGGGGAGUGAACCACAUUUGGAGAAAUUCAGGUGAUCGAGAAGGUGGAGAUUGUGCAACAAGAAGUAGAAGUGCCAGACCGAGAAACAGAAGAAAGACUGAGGGACUCGCAAAGGAAGAUCCGAGAGCUGGAGGAUGAAAUACGAAGAAUGAAGUCGGAAAAGAUGACGAACGAUGAAAACAAGGAACAGAAGGAUUCUGCGAGAACAGAGGAGAGGAGAGAGUACCAGGAAGCAGAAGUGCAGACGGAAAGGGACACGUCUCCGGCUCCUCCAUCUCACCUGAAUAACACAAACAAAGAGGAAGAAGUGCCCAAGUCGGGCAAAUCGGAAAGAGUUCACCCAUUGGUAGGAGUCGAAUGGGAAUGAGAGAAAUAAUGGGAUGAUUCAGGAGGAGGAGAUGCAGUUACUGCAGGAGCUGGUGGCCAAAUCGGACUCGAAGGACGGAGAGAACAUGCGACAGAAGGCAGAGAUCAGAGAUUUGAAGGCGAGAAUUCAGAGGCUGACAAAGGCGAACAAAGAGUUGAUGGCCACUUGUGAGCAGAUAAAGGAGGACGCUCUCGCCGAGUUGUCGACUUUCCGCAGGAAUAACGAGAACAGCGACGAGCGAAGAAUGACUGACAUGCGCGUGGAGCUGGACAGAUUGAGAAGUACGAACAGAACAUUGAGGAACGCGAACGAAGAGUUGAAAAUAGAGGUGAACAAACUGAAGCAGCUGACCGAAAAAAGGAAUAAUAAGGUUGUUGAGAAAAUAAUUAACACAAAAGAAUGGGGUGGAUUACAGAAUGAACCGGACGAAUGGGAAAAAAGGAAACGACAGGAUGAAGUGAUCGCAUCGUUGAGGGAGAGAUUGAGGAGUAAGCGAUGGACAAACGAGCAUCAGAACACCGAUCAUUUUCAGAAAAAGAACAAGGAGAGAAGGAGUUUGUGGAGAAGUUGGAGAAGAGAGAGAAAGUGAUCGAGACGAUGAGGAACGAUCAGGGAUUGCGCAGUUCGGAGAUCGACAGAUUGCAGAGGAAACUGAAAACGGUGAGUUGUUCGAAACAUAACUUCGAGUUUUCAAUUAUUUCUGUGAAUAGACUGAUCCUGAGGUAAUUAAACUCCAAAUAACACGAGAAUGGCAGCAACGGGUGGAAGUACUGGAAGGGAGCGUGACGAAGAAGAACGAGGAACUUUCUGCUGUCAAUCGAAAUUUAAUGCGGACGAGAUCGGAACUGGAAACGGUGAAAACUCGACAUUUGAAGGAAAUUGAAAAGAUUCGAAAGGAGAACAACGAGGCGAUGACGGAAAAAGUGAGAAGAGCACGAGAAGAGACGAAUCGAUCCCUGACAGUCAUCAAGCCAGUCAGUCAGUCGAAAGAAGUACAGACGGAUCGAAUCGAGCCGCCGGGACAGGAAAGGCGGUCAUCUGUAAGAAGCAGGACAGCGUCUAUUGUAGCUCUUUCUUCUUCCUCUUCUUCCUCUUCUUCUUCUUCUUCUUCUUCUUCUUCUUCGUCUCCAGUUUUCCCGAAUUCGUCUCUUGUAACCACGUCACGAACAACUGUGGAAGUCGUGUCGGAGAGAAGAGCAAGUCGGAAGUUGGUCGAUAAGAUGACAUCUGUGGACGAAAAAUAUAACGAAGAGAUUCAUCGAGCUCCGAAAUCAGAUAGAACCGAUUAUUACCAGUUGAAGGAAAGUUUGCAACUGGUGAGUGAUUGAGGAACCUAAGAACAGUUGAAAUAAUGAGUAUUUUAGACUCAAGACAGAUUGAUCGAGAGUCAAGAGAAACUGAUUCAAAUGGAGAGGGAUUAUUCGGCACUCUAUGAAAAGUUCGACAGACUCAGACUUCGGAUGGACCGAGAAGAGAAACCGACAGGCGCCGUAUUGCUUCUUUCAGAUAAACUAGCCGCAAAAGAUCGAGAAAUUGCUCAAUUGGUAAUGGUUUUUUGGUUGAGCGUGAAAUGUCUGUGAUAUUCAGAAGACUCAAAUUGCUCAUCUACAACGUUCGAUUCACUUGCCCAGAUGACCAAAACUUGCCUAGAUGACCGAACUUCAAUCUAAUCUGCUUCUAAUAUGCAACACGUCAAUAGUAAUUUAUUCUAUUUUUACAGUAAAUUAUUGGUUGAAUACCAUGCUUCUUUUCCCUAAACGCAAUGACUUCCCGUUCCUGUAAAACUCCCAGUUCUGCUUCGCUCGUUCGCUCCAUCGGCUAAAAUGUUAAAAUUUAUUUAGAGCUUUCGAGAAUGCAAUGUUGCUCGAUCCAACAAAAACCUUUACGUUAUGGGGCUGUUCAGCGUAUUUUUGUUUUCCGUUUUUCUUUCGUAUUUUUUUACAUCGCUGAAUUGGGUUUAUUGACGUAAAAAAACGAAAAAAAUGAAAAAAAAAAUAUUUUUUCCCACAUGUGGGUUUUCGUUACCGUUGAGAAGAAAAUAAAUUUAUUGUACUAUCAAAAACGAAAGGAAACCAAUUUUCUAGGUAUAAAUUAAAAAUAACCGUAUAAACUGUGAUCUUCUGCUUAAUUGUUCGAGAGACGAAAAAUUGUUAAUUGAACGGUACGGACAAAAUGCUCAUAUAAAUACAGAAAAACAGUUCUAUUAUGUCGCUGUUCUAUUGUGUCGCGGUUCUAUUCUGCCCAGUUCUAUUCUGCCCAGUUCUUUUAUGUUGGACCGCCAUAAAUACGGUUACUUCGAAACGUAUUACUGUAGUCUUCAGUGCAGUGUCUGCGUCCUUCCGUCUGCGCACACUCCUUAAAUACACAAUCACUCUUUCUUCUUUGUUUUUACGCGUAAUGAAAUACGUGACAUUUCUUGCGUUUUGAUGCCACGUCACCGAAUGCUCGAGGCAAUGAUGCCAGACAAACACAAACACUUUUUGCGAUGCGAGUCAAAGAAAAACUGAAAAAAGUCAAACAGAAACUGAGUGGUGGAGAAUCAUCGAGCGAUGCGGUGAGAACGCUGAUUGUUUCUAUUCCGAAUCGAACGACUUUUCAGGAAACAGGAGGCGAACAGAAUAAAAACGAGGACGAGUCUGACAAUGAUUCGAGCAAAUCAAUGAGCACUAAUGCAACUGGAAAAUCUGAUCAAACGGUUUGUCGAUACGUGGCUGUUGUGGUGAUGGAAGAGUUGUUCAGGAAAUGUCUGAUGAUAAUUCGGAUAUCGAACUCUUGCCGGAUGAUGGAAAGAACUUCGGUAAGAGAAAGCUGCACGACACUGACAAACCAGCCACGUGGAAUGUGCUUAUUCGAGUCAUCGAAGCGAAGGAUGUUAGCACAGGUAACAUUGAAUUGAUGUUAAUGAAUGUUAUGAGUCUUAUUAGGCUCCAAUCGUGUGCGAACUAUAUUUGACGGAAAGUCCAAAAUGACUCGAACUGUGACGCAUGCAACUCCGAAAUGGCGACAGAAUAUUUUGUACACGAUCAAAAAGCAGCCACUCGAGAAGCUCGCCGCAAAAACUCUCACUAUCAGAGUAAUCGGCUUCUCUUCCUACUAAAUAACCAUAACCUCUCUUAUUCAGCUUGUUCGUCCGACAAGAAUGGGUGAAACGAACAUCGGAGAGUUCUCUUGCUACCUCUCGGAAGUGAUUCAUUGUCCCGAUCGGUCGGUCAUCGGAAAAUGGAUCGCGCUCGGAUUCCCUGGCAUCGAAGAGGACGAACCGGAUGAUUUUGCGUGCGAGAACUGCGGAUUUCUCAAAGUUUCCCUCUCAGUCUACCGCGUCGACGAAUCUCCGCCUCAACUAAUCGACGACGACGGAAAAGAGCAAAUUUGGAGCGGAGCUCAUUUGAGUGACUAUACUCUGAAAGUAGGUAGUGACUCACUUCGAACGCUUCCAGACAAGCGCCAUUUCAGAUUCGCUUUUUCUCGAUCGAAAAUCUCAUUCGUAAAAUUAUAAACGAAAAAAGUAUCAAAAAGAAACAAGCGUUCUACGUGGUCGUUGAAUGUGGCAAUGAAAAGUCAGAGACGACUCAGGAAGAAGCAUAUCUGGAGGAUGAUGCCACCACAGCGUCUGUAAAGUUCCAGCAGGAAGUGUAUAUUCCGAUUCAAUGGCCAACUGUCAUUUCCGAGGUUUCCGGCUUGUUUCACUCGAUUUCAAAAUUCGGUGUUUCAGAUUACCUUUUCUUUAUUCACUAAAAAGGGACGAAGUAAGACAUGCAUUGGCAAGGCAAAGAUUCCGAUGAGGAAGAUCUACGAGCCCGGAGAAGCAGGAUUCCUUCCCUCGUUCGGACCCGCUUUUCUGAAUCUUUUCGAUUGUGAAACGGUCACGCGCUUCCGUCUGUUCACCAAGGGGAAAAAAGGAUCUCCGCAUGAUGGCAGCAGGUUUAUCGCCCGUCUUUUCAUGGCUGUUGAGUGUAUGGAAGACAUGGGAGAAUCGAACGAGAAUCGGAUGCAUCUCGAACAUUCGGCCAUAAAAGAAGCGGAGAGAUUUAUGGUACAGAAUCAAACAAAUAUCAUAUCAGCUGACAGCCUUUAUUCAGAACAACACGGAGCACUACAACGCCUACUGCUCGAUGAGUGCUUUGAACAUGAUCAACCCGCAGUUCGCCUCGGAUCCUAUCUCCAUUCUCAUGUCGAUCGGUUCUUUUGGAAGCCUGAAUGCUGAUGUCAAGUUCGGCAACAGCUCGACUUUUCCUGUACGUUCAAAUAGUUUUCGUCUUUUCGUCACCUACGCUAGUACAUUUUUUUAGGCAGUUCCCAAUUGGGAUGGAUGCAAAUACUUUGCGAUGCCGUGGGGAAACCUCCGCCCUGUCGUCGAAGUCAACGGCGUUUUUGAGGAAAUCGAAGACCGCAUCGAAAUGAGCAACGUGCUGAUGAAGAUGACGAAUAUGUUGGAUCGAAUGAUCUGGGAGGUGAGACGCAUUGGAAACGGAGCAAUCGAUCAUGUCGCAUCGGUCGGAAUCGAAUCAUUAGACUAUCUGGAGCAGAUGAUUAACUCGGGCAGCAAGUUCUUAAAGUAAGAAUAACAUAUGUUUCAGCUUUUUCCUGAAAAUUUUUUUCAGUCGUGUCAACCUCUCUCUAGGAAAUUUCCUUGACCGGAGCAUUCUGGAGUCGCGUAAACGGAAGAUUCUGAAACUGAAAGAGCACUUCGAGAAUGGAGCAUUCAACGUGGAUUAUUCAGAUGAAGAAGUGGAUGCGAAACUGCUCAGGAUGCUACUUCAAAUCAGAUCGCUGACAUUGGAACUGGCUGAAGACGUCCAGCUGACCACUCCUCCCGUUCUCAUCAAAAUGAUGUCUCACGGGAAACUGAUUGGUUUCGCCAAAAUCCCCAUUUCCGAAAUCUUCCAAUCCGAAGACGAAGCACAGUCUGGUGAUUGGUGUGGACGUACGCGACAAAUCAACAUACAGUGGCCGACUCUUCUAGACCAAAGAAAUAGAAAAGAAGUGAGCGAAACAAAUGUUUUCCAAACAUCUUGAGCAUAAUGUUUCAGUUUGUGGCUGUUCUCCAUGCCAAAAUGUGGUUUGGACGAAGCGCUCAACUCUCCAAAUGGGAAGAAUACGUGCAACCGGCAGAAGUGAGACGCUUUAUGGAAAUUUACGAAGUGCAAACGAAAGGAAUCUCGAUGAAAUGGAAGGAUAAUGAGUCGAAAGUAUUGCCGAACGGAAAAGCGGAGAAGAUUGAAGGAAGCCCAGAGAUUGUGGAUGGAUGGAAUGCUGUCGGUCAUUGGGUAGUCAUCAACACUCAUGCAAUGUUCGUUCAAGAACUGGGCAAUCAGGUGGUGCACGACAAAGCAUACGAAGUGGAGAAACGUACGGAAAGUGGGUGGAAACGAAUGAAGUACACCGACUGCUACGGAGACGAACUGAAAGAGAAGGACUAUCAGGCGGCGAAGGGAUGGGAAGUCUCUUCGUGGGUUCCGGAUAAGUUCAGAAACAAAGGAGACCAAAAAGGAUGGACGUACUCAACGAACGGCGUUUUCUUCGGAGAAGGAGUGGUCACUGAUCGUGAGGAGAAGGAGCAUCACAACUUCAGAAUUCGUUGUAUCAAGAGAAAACGGAAGCUCGCAACGCACAAUAAAGAGCAUGACAACUUUGAAACGUUCCGUGCGACACUCGGAAGCGACGAACAUUGGGAGGUAAAGCAGAUAGUGUGGUAGAAAAUCAAAAUAUUCCUUUCUUAGUACACUUCGAAAAAAGGAGGGCCGUAUCACGAUUUGGAAGAUAGAACAGACUCAAUCCGAAGACGACGGUACCUGAUGGAAGUGGAACCCAAAGAGUUUGUCAUUUCUGUUCGAAACCGCUCCCAUUUUCUCUGUUACAGUCCCGAUACAGUAUCCUCGAUCCUCCGUCUCUACGAAUACCAGAUGCAGACGGUGAAAUGGCAACUGCGGUGCUACAUCAUGUGGGCAAACGACUUGCUUCCCGUCGUCAAAGACAGCUCCCGAGCUUUUGUUCGCAUCUCAUUCGCUCAGUACACUAAGCAAACUCUUCUCGUGGACAACUCGCAGAAUCCGAUUUGGAACGAGACCGUCAUUUUCAAAAACAUUCUGGUGGCAGGAGGAACUCGCGAUAUAAUGCGAUAUCCGCCACUGGUGUCUGUGGAAGUGGUCGGAGAAUGUGCGAAUAACGAAGAAGCCAAUCUGGGACAAUUCGAAGCGAUGCCGACGGUGAUCUGCUCAACAACGGACUCUCGAGGCACGCCGCGUUGGUUCCCGUUGAGAUUCCCGAAGAAUCGGACGAGAGGAACAGUGCUGGCUUGUUUCGAACUGUUCGAGGAAGAGGACAAGGACUUCCUUCCAUUGGAGCCGGGUGCGAAGCCGAACACGAAAGAUCGAAGAGUGAUCCCGUCAGACUUCCGGCCACAGUUCGACCGAUAUCACAUCCAAUUCCUCUGCUGGGGAGUCAGAAAUCUCAAAAAACACAAGGUGCGUUUGAUGCGAAAGAUCGUCAGACAAAUUUUAAUUCAGCUGCUCGCUGUCCGCCGUCCUUUCGUCGAGUUGACUGUCGGAGAUCAAGAGUUCACUCUGGAACCACUGAAAGAUGUCCGCAAAAACCCGAAUUUCCCAGAGCCUAUGAUAGUGUUCGCCGAAGUAAUCCUUCCCUCUGCUCUCGAACUCUCUCCUCCGUUUAUCAUCAAUCUGUUCGAUGCCAGGUCGUUUAACAGAAAACCACUUGUCGGAUCGUGUCUGAUAUCCGAUCUGCACAAAUACAUUUCACACAUCAAUCCAAAAGUAACAAAAACAAAUAAUGAACUCUGACGAACGUAUUUUGAAUUUCAGACCAAAGCCGAUGAAACUGAAAAAUGGGAUACGUUUGAAGCAGUUAUUGAAGAAGAACAUGAAAAAGUGGUGAAGAUGGUGCGAGUGCCGACGCUCUGUAAGGAUCCGAUGGUCCCUCUGGACUGGUGGAGCAGAUACUAUUCUUCGAUGUCACAAUUCCACAGAGCCCCUGGAUACCCAGAGUAUUCUGCUUGUUUCCGUUUGAUUCGAACAUCAAUUUUGUUUCAGAUCGGGAAUGGAGUAUCUCCGUGUUUUCCGACGUCCUCUCGAAGAAAUGAACGGGUACAACAACUUCACCGACUUUUUGGACACUCUUCCCUUCGUCAAGUCGAUGAAAGGCAACUUCGACGAUCCAGAAGAAAAAGAAAAAGCAGGAGAGCUCAAAUGCAGACUGCUCAUUUCAAAACUGAAAGAAGGAAAGAAUCCGGCAGCAAUCAAUCCCGUCGUUGACUUCGUCGGGCCCACAAAAUGUCUCGUCCGAGUGUACAUAAUCGAGGCAAACGGACUCAUUUCAAAUGCACGGAAGGGGCGGGUCGACUCGUACGUGAAGGCGCGAUGCGGAAGUCAGAAGGUGAACCUGAAGAAGAACUACCGUUCCGAGUGCACGGAUCCGAUAUUCGGAGAACGAUUCGACAUGACAGUCACGAUUCCGUUGGAAAAGGAUCUUCAGAUUACCGUUAUGGACAAACGGAGAAUCCUUUCCGAUCAAGAAAUUGGAUCGACAACCAUCGAUUUGGAGAAUCGUCUUCUCACGAAAUGGAGAGCCACUUGCGGGCUCAGUUCUCAGUUCACUGUGCAAGGAGAACAGCAGUGGAGAGAUCAGAUGACGCCGUUGGAGAUUCUGAAAACGUUAGUCUUCUUUGUCGUGGUCACCAAUGAAAUUUUGAAAUUUCUUUUCCAGGUACUGCUACAGAAUGAUGUUGACGACGCCAAAAAUCGAAACGAGAAAGUCGGAGAAAGGAGAUGAAAGUGGAAUUACAAUCGAGAAGGUCACGUUCUGGUUUUCAGAUGUUGCCCGUGCCAAUGAAAAGUAUAUUCCAUUUCAUCAAAUUGUCAGUAAAACCUCGAAUUUUCCAGAGAAGAAGCUGCGAUUCUGAAUGGACAACGGCAAAAAGCAGGAAAGGAAGGAAGCGAUGAUAAAACAGAGAAAUUAAGUGGAAACGGAGACCAAUCGGUUGAAAGUUGGGACGAGGAAGAUCUAGAAAUGGAGAAGGAGAAGGCGAAAUGGGAAAAACAAAGAAGCAGAGAAAAGAUGAAGAAGAAGGCGAGUGCCGAGAAACACGCCGAGACAGCAGAUGGAGAAUUGAGAAGGGCUGCGAAGCUGAGGAUCAUGGGAACGCAGUUGGAGACUAUUGCCCUUUUCAUUCUCAGACAAAUCAAUCUGGUGCCCGAGCACGUCGAGUCAAGGCCUCUCUUCUCUGACAAAUGCGGCCGCAUUCAAAAAGGAGAACUCCGCAUGUUCGUUGACAUCUUUCCUGUAAGUCAUCCGUACUUGUACCAGCUUCUAUAGAAGUUAUUUCAGCUAGAGUAUGGUUCUAUUCCUGCUCCAUUCAACAUUACUCCUCGCAAGCCGAUCAACUACCAACUCCGAAUUGCUAUCAUGGACGUUCGCGGAGCCAUUCCGGUUAAACGAAGCUUUGCAGAGCCUGUCUCGGAUCUCUACGUUAAAGCAUUCAUAAACGGAAUGACGAAAGGCCACAAGACGGAUACGCACUUCCGAGUUCUCGACGGAUCCGGUGAGUUCAACUGGCGUUUCUUGCUGAACUUCGAUUACAAUCCAUGGGAGAAGAAGGUGGUGGCGUACACGAAAACGAGAAUGUUCCGGAAGCCAGUGGAGGAAUUAGUGGACCCGAUUCUUGUCAUCGAACUGUGGGACAAGAACAAAUUCCGAAAGGACAGACUGCUUGGGGAUGUUGAACUCGAUCUUAUGGACUUCAUUGGUUAGGCAAAUUUGAUUGCUCCCAACUCAUUCAUUUGUUUCCAGAGGGCGUCGGCUCGCCGGCUGACGUGGGCGUCUAUUCGACGAAGAAGAGGAAGAAGCGAGUGAAAUGCCCGAAAUGCUGCACGAGCAGAGGAUGCCUGUGCAGAUGCUGCAUCUUCUGCUACGAGACCAAAUGUCUUUGUGGAAGAAGAAAGAUUAAGAAGAAGCCGUUCCCGAAGCCAGUGGUCAGAUCCCGAAUAGUCAACGAUGCCGAUCUAUAAUUUUAUAGCUAUUUGUCGAACCAGAGGGAUACGAUGAGACUGUCAACCUGUUCGAAGCACGCAAUGUUUACGGAUGGUGGCCGAUGCUGACUGAUGAGUAUCCACACGUGAGUCCAACUCAAAUACGAGCGAAUUCGGUGACUUGACUUCAGGACGAGCCCCAAAAUGCAAAGAAAAAGAAUGAUGAUGUGGGCGACAAUCCGCGAUGGAUAAUGGGCCUCGUCGAAAUGGAUAUGAUGCUCAUCACUCAACAAGAAGCAGAUCAAGAGCCAGUCGGAAAGAAACGGGCAGAACCGAAUCACGUGAGUGUUCGGGCCGGGAGCGUUGUGAACAGAACGCAUUGCAGAGUCCGUAUUUGGAGAAGCCCGAGCGAAAAGCGUGGGCCAACUCGUGGCUCGUCUCUCGUAUAAAACCGUGCAUCAAGUACUUCUGGCACUAUUACGGUCUCCAGAUCCUUCUCUGGAUCAUCAUUAUCAUUCUGAUCGGACUCACAAUUUUCGCUCUCAUCGAGACUUGGCCAGUCAUUUUGGUGGAAAUCAUGAAGGCUAUAUUCUGA